GGCGCUGAGGAGCCAAUGGGUGAGGCCGGUGGAGGAGAGAGAGGCGGUGAGGAGCCAAUGGGUGAGGCCGGCGGGAGGAGUGACGUAGAGCGGGCGGGGCUUGCGGUGGGCGGGGCCGCGCAGGCGCAAGGCGGGGGCGGCGCGGGUGCCCCGGGCCCCGCAGUUGGAGCGGGACGGGGAGCUGCUUCUCAUCCCCCCCCACCCCCUCCUAACCACCCCAGCCGGGGGGGGGAACCCUGCGAUGCUGGACCCGCCAUGUCCUCCCCGCCACCCCCCGAAUGCCCCGCGGAGGUGACCCCCUCCCCGGGGGGGUCCACGGGCUCCUUCAGCUACAGCCUCGAGGAGCACCCCAAAGCCGCGCUGGCCAUCAUGAACCAGCUGCGCCUGGACCGCCAGCUCUGCGACGUCACCCUGCGCGUCCGCUACCGCCACGACGUCCCCCCCGCCGAUUUCCUCGCCCACAAGAUCGUUUUGGCUUCGUCCAGCCCGGUUUUCAAGGCCAUGUUCACCACGGGGCUGCGGGAGCGCGGCAUGGAGGUGAUCCCCAUCGAGGGGGUGCACCCGCACGUCAUGGAGCGCCUGGUGGAGUUCGCCUACACCGCGUCCAUCUCGGUGGGGGAGAAGUGCGUGCUGCACGUCAUGAACGGCGCCGUCAUGUACCAGAUCGACAGCGUCGUCCGCGCCUGCUGCGACUUCCUGGUGCAGCAGCUGCACCCCAGCAACGCCAUCGGCAUCGCCAACUUCGCCGAGCAGAUCGGCUGCCUGGAGCUGCAGCAGAAGGCGCGCGAGUACAUCUACAUGAACUUCGCUGAGGUCUCCAAGCAGGAGGAGUUCUUCAACCUGUCGCACUGCCAGCUGGUGACGCUGAUCAGCCGCGACGAGCUGAACGUGCGCUGCGAGUCCGAGGUUUUCCACGCCUGCAUCAACUGGGUGAAGCACGACUGUCCCAGCCGGCGGCUGUACGUACAGGCGCUGCUGCGCGCCGUGCGCUGCCACUCGCUCACCCCGCACUUCCUGCAGACGCAGCUCCAGAAGUGCGAGAUCCUGCGGGGGGACUCGCCCUCCAAGGAUUACCUGGCGCAGAUCUUCCAGGACCUGACGCUUCACAAAGCCACGCAGGUCCUGCCCUGCCGCACGCCCAAGGUCGGGCAGCUCAUCUAUACGGCCGGCGGCUACUUCCGCCAAUCCUUGAGUUUUUUGGAAGCUUUUAACCCCCGGGAUGGCUCUUGGAUUCGUUUGGCUGAUCUGCAGGUUCCCCGGAGCGGUUUGGGGGGUUGUGUAGUGGGGGGGUUGUUUUAUGCGGUGGGGGGGAGGAAUAAUUCCCCCGAUGGGAACACGGACUCGGCCGCCAUCGACUGUUACAACCCCAUGACCAACCAGUGGUCCCAGUGCAGCCCCAUGAGCGUCCCCCGCAACCGCAUCGGCGUGGGGGUCAUCGACGGCAUGAUUUACGCCGUGGGGGGGUCGCAUGGAUGUAUCCACCACAGCAGCGUGGAGAGGUACGAGCCGGAGCGCGACGAGUGGCAGCUGGUGGCGCCGAUGCUGUCGCGGCGCAUCGGCGUGGGGGUGGCCGUGCUGAACCGGCUCCUUUACGCCGUGGGGGGGUUCGACGGCACCACCCGCCUGAGCUCGGCCGAGUGCUACCACCCCGAGCACGACAGCUGGCGCGCCAUCGCCCCCAUGGCCACCAUCCGCAGCGGCGCCGGGGUCUGCGCGCUCAAUAAUUGCAUCUACGCCAUGGGGGGGUACGACGGCACCGACCAGCUCAACAGCACCGAGCGGUACGAGGUGGAGACGGACACCUGGACGUUCGUGGCGCCGAUGCGGCACCGGCGCAGCGCCCUCGGCGUCACCGUCUACCAGGGCAAGAUCUACGUGCUGGGCGGCUACGACGGCCACACGUUCCUGGACUCGGUGGAGUGUUACGACCCGGGGACGGACACGUGGACCGAGGUGACGCGGAUGACGUCGGGGCGCAGCGGCGUGGGGGUGGCCAUCACCAUGGAGCCGUGCCGCAAGCAGAGCGACCGCCACGAGUGUCCCUGCUAACCCCGGCGCCGCCGUGGGGGGGACGGGGUCGGGAUGGGACACGGUGAAGCCGCCGUGCCUCAGUUUCCCCCCUCUCCCCAUGUUUUCUCCCCCCACGGCGGCGGGUAAAUGCGGCGGGGGGGAGGAUAAAACGUCAGCGCUGGUCGCCCCCCCCGCCUCGCUCGGCCACAUGGACAGUUCAUGGGGGGGGUCGUGGCACCCCCAAAAUUCCCCCCCACCUCCCGGUUUUGGGGAGAACACCCCGAUUCGCAGCCCCCCCGCCCCCAUUCCGGCCCGGCAGCCGAUUAACUGGUUUUAAUGAUUUUCACACCGUUGUUACAUGAAUUAAAAAGGAAAAGAGA